AUAAUUUUGAUAUCAUGGAUACUUACAUCCAUAGCUCUGUCUAUGCAUUGGAGAGUGAAUACAUUUACCCAGUCCAAUCCCUCAGCUUUUUACCAAACCAGGGGUGGGGUGCAAUGGUUAUUGUUUCUACUGCUGAUUGCCGCUUUAAAGUAUGACUUUGAGAGAGCAACCUGCAAAGAAUAAGCCUACAAAGAAUUAUGGUAAACCAAGAUUAAAAUUAUUUAUUGUAUGAGUUUCAACCCAAUAAAUCAAUUCUCCCACGUGACUUCUAACUUGUUGAAAUGGGACGUCUCCAGAUAGAUACGCCUUCUCCGCAAGCCACGCGGUUGUUGUGUGACUCUAGAGCCGAAAUUUAACUCGGAUUCUAAACCUUGAAGCGGUUGAUUAGAGGGGGCAGCCUGACAGUUAUAAAAGGCAGUGGAGUCGUUCGGUAAUCAGACUAGCUAGUUCUGCGUCUUGGUGGAGUAAAACAACAAAACAGAUCCACUAUGAAUAUCCAGUCAGCUAUCAACAGGGAGGUGUUUGCCCCCCGGGAUGAGAGGAUACUAGUGGCCGUGGAGGUUAAGAGGAGACCGAGGAAAAGACUUUCCUUUCUGCCCACUGGAGGCAAGGCAGGAUAUAUAACAUACAUCUGUCUGUCAGUGACCAAUAAGAGGCCAGCUCAGCUCCUCAUCACCAAGGUCAAGCGGUUUGGAGGCUCCGCCCCCUUCACAAGGAGGUCACAGUGGAGCGUGGAGCAGCUCCGCCAGGUCGAUGGCAUCGACCCCAACAAGGACUGCCCAGAGUUUGACCUGGUGUUUGACAACGCCUUUGACCAAUGGGUGGCCAGCUCAGCGGCAGAGAAGUGCAUCUUCAUCCAGAUCAUGUACCACGCCUGUCAGACUUACUGGGAGGGCAAGGUAGGGGUCCCUGGUGGCCCGGCUAGCCCAGCUGGAGACCAGCAGAAGGACCAGAGAGCUAGUCCAGGGGGCCAGGUUAGCCCAGGGGCCCAAGGGGGCCAAAGAGGAGGUCCAGGGGCCCAGGCUAGACGGAAGAGCACAGUGGGUCCCAGGCCCCGCCAGACUGAAUUUGUCAACUGUCAGUCCAAACUCACAGGAGAUGCCUGCACUGUGAAUCUGGUCAUCUACCGUUGCAAGGUCUUCUUCAACCACAUGAAGAAGGUGAUGGUUUCAAAACAAAGCAGUCCUCUGGCUGGAGCAGGUCCCAGAGCAAGUCCCAGUGGGCAGCGCCCCCCAAGGGGCAGUUUGGGUAGUGUAGUCAAGAGGGCAAGCCAGGCCCUGCAGGAGCGUGGGGAAAGACUGGGCCGGGCCGAGGACAAGACAGUGGACCUGAUGCACAAAGCCCAGCAGUUUGCAGACACUGCUCACAAGCUGGCUCUGAAGUAUUCAAACUAGAGGCAGCUCUUCCCGUGGGUCCGUGGCCCUAAUUCACCUGUUGAUUCUAUGUAAUAACUUCUAUACUAAUGUUGGACUGAGGCAUAGUUUAGUUGAAACCCAAUGGACACACUGCAAUUCCUCUGUGAAGAAUCCUAUAUGUUCUGAGAGGAGUGGUGGGUUGUGGGACUUGCUCUUAGGACUUUGACUGUGUUAAAAGGACAUGGAAACCUUUACAGACUGGCAGUAGGGAGGACAGCCCAGUUAUGGACCCCGGGGUUGAAGAUUGACCUUUAACCUCCAGAAUGGGACCUGUGGAUCACAUGACGGUGUCUUUUCAUGGCAGAGCUAGCUGGUUUACUUCACAAUUCUCCCACUGUUUGAGUGUACUUAUAUCUCUGCUCUGAUGACAAGGAUUUCAGAUGAUUUAAGUUUUUCAGUUUUGGGUGGUUUCACGUGUUUUUAGAUAUUUUAAUAUUGGCAUAUGAAUUCUCAGUAAACAGCUGACAAUGUGAUGGUGCCUUUUUAUAUUUUUUGACUUUUCAGAAUUCACGUGUCUUCUCCGCUAUGGAAGUAUAUUUCAAUGGUGGUUUUGCUCAUUGCAUAAAUAAUUGAUCAUUUAUGACUGUGAAUAGGCACACUCAUAGACAGCAGCUUGUGAAUGUUUGCACAGACUGAAUUAGAUUUAGAUUGAUACUGGAGAACCCAUUUUACCCAUGUUUUUUUACAAAUGACACAUUAAUUUAAUGUUUGAAUGGCAUUGAAUGCAUAAGUGUGACUAUUUCAGGUUAUUGCCUUAGUUUUGUCUGAGCCGGUGCAGGGGAAUGAGGAACACCUGGUGAAAUGUUUUUUUUUAUUUCUUUGCAUGGUAAUGAUAUAGUAUAGUCUUUAUUUCUUUGCAUGGUAAUGAUAUAGUAUAGUCUUUAUUUCUUUGCAUGGUAAUGAUAUAGUAUAGUCUUUAUUUCUUUGCACUUUCUAAAGAUUACUUUAUUGCAUGGAUUGCUAUAUUGCACUAUAAUUUGUUUGCUUCCACUAUUUUUCACAGCUAUAUGUCUCUACUACCCUCUCCCUGCUUGCAUCAAAUCCAUUGAUUGUUCACUAAUCACUAUUCAAACCAUUGAUUAGUCACUAAUCACUAUUCCAAAUUCAAGUUGAUAAUGUUACUAUUUGAUCCUUGUCUUUGUCUAAUCAUGUCUGAUUAAUUGAUCCCCUGUCUUGUCGCUGUCUUGUCACGUAUAUGUCAUGUGUUUUUUUUUCUUCUCUUGGACCAUAUGUGCCGUAAUUACACGUCUCAUGCCUUUUAAAUAAAAAUCUUUAAUGGCUGGUUCCAUGUCAGAGAGUUGAGUGCAGCAGCUAUAAUGAUGGGCUGAUGUAUGUAGACCAGGGCUCUUCUAGGUGAGGUGGUAAGCAAGAUAUGGAAUGUUGACUGAAUGAUUGUGUGUGUAAUCAUAAUCUCGUCCACACAGCCGGCUCUCUAUGUGGUAGCAAUUGAGUCUGGGGACGAGGUUUGUGUGAUGACGGUUCUGAAGGGCAUAGUAGAGAAUAGACUUCUGAGUUGGUUAGUGAUAAGGGUCUGAAAGGCAUGUUGAAGGUUUAGUUGAGUGCUGUUGCAUAUGCCUGUGGUUGUUGAAUUUGUCUUUUGAUGCCUAAUAGUGUUUUUAUUGUACACAACACUGAUAAAUGAAUUGGUAUGCUUUAUCAGCUGGGACAACAUGUCCCUCUUCAUGCUGAACCUGUCAUAGAGUGAGAGGGUAGCCUAAUCGGUCUUUUAAACUACUUGUAUUAGAAUGAGGCUUCAUUGUGGCAGUUAACUAAGGAGAGGAAUCCAAAGAUGGCACUUGUCCUGACUGUGCAUGCUUUCUGUUGCUAUAUUACUGUUUUGGUGAUAUGAUGAAAGAUGGGCUAGAAUGUAGAUUUGUUGACCAUGUCUUGUCCAAGCCUUUACUACCUUUUUUAAAUAUUCUGAUCAUGGAGUUAAAACCAUGAACUGAUAUGUUAUUAUUCCUAGAAAUGCUGACUUUAACAUAGCCUUAGAACGGUACUUAAAGCUCUGUUUAGUAUGUGUCAAUGUUAACAUGAGAUUUGUACUGUUUUUUUUUAAAAAUGAGAACAUCAAUGACCUUAACACUCUUCUUUUUGACCCAAUAAAUGAAAUGGGACCCA